GUACACGACAAGCAAAUCGAAGAAAUUCGCAUUGGUUUUUCUCAACUGCAUCCUCACAUUUUGGUUUCGGUAAUGUCGCGGUACCAGCCACGAUUUCUUCGAUUGGUGAUGGAAUGAGGUCUAUCACAACCUACUGUCCGACAGCAUGGCGCCAGUGCUUCCCACCAAGCCCGCUUAUCAACCCCAUCAUCUCCUAUAAUAAGCAGCAUCCAUUCAACCAUCAUCACCACCACCAUCAUGAUGGACCACAACGACGCCCCUUCUCCGACUCGGCCCGCCCUCUCAUCUACCCCGAAGCCAUAAAUACCGAGCACCACGACCUAGCCUCGUACGCCGCGUACGCGGCCCGCACGGGCCUGGACGUCAAGUCCAAGACGUACGUGGGCACGCGGUACGAGUACGCCGUGGCCGCGUCGCUCGCGACCCUCGGCUUCGACCUGAAGCGCGUGGGGGGCCGCUCCGACUGCGGCAUCGACCUGCUGGGCACGUGGCGGGUGCCGGCGUCGCCCGCGCCCGCGCCGCCCCUGCGCGUCCUCGUCCAGUGCAAGGCCUCGGCCUCGCAGAGCACCAGGGUCGGCCCGCACCACGUCCGCGAGCUCGAGGGCGCCUUCGCCGGCGCGCCUCCCGGCUGGCGCAGCGGCCCCGGGCUCCUCGCCUUCCUGGUCUCCCCGAGGCCGGCUACCGCGGGCGUUCGCGACGCGCUGGCCGCGAGCCGCUGGCCCAUGGGGUACUUCAUGUACUCGCAGAAGACCGGGUUGCAGCAGAUGCUGUGGAAUAGCAGGGCGGAGGAGGAGGGGCUGGAGGGGAUGGGUGUUAGUGUUGGGUACUCUGAUGAUAGUGCUGCCGAAGAGACGGCCAAGCGCUUGGUUUUAACCUGGAAGGGGAAGCCAUAUGCUGCUGGACCAGUCCUUGGCAAGCAAGUUAGCACAGACCCUUAGGUACCUUACACUGGGGCUGAACCUAAUGCUCGUUAAACGUAUGUAUAUAUAGAAAGAAGAGUGCAUAUCUGUAAUAACUUGGGGGAUUACAAUCUCCUUUAGAGG